AUGGUCGAACCUGAUCCAACUACUAUUAUCUGGAGAGACCUUGAUUGGAUUCUCGCGCAACCAGAUGGGCUAAACUCGAAUAAUGUCCUAAGUUACUUUGAGACGUCACCAUUUUGGGAUCCACAGUGCAAUAACGCUAGUUUGAAAAUGCAAACGCGUUUUAAUGAUUUAAAGGAUCUCACCAUGCUUUUGAAGAAAAUGAAAGGAAUUGAAUUCCAAGUGGUGCAUGAAAGGCCUCCAGCACUGUGGGUUAUCCGAAAGCAAAAUCGUCUUGGUGAAUGGGAAGUUAACUUAGUUGCAACAUAUUAUAUCUUGAAUUAUAAUAUUCUUCAAGCACCAAGUUUAUACUCGAUUAUCGGAAAUCGCGUUUUGACAAGCCUUUAUCAAUUGCAUAUUGCAUUUAAUACAGCAUACCAACAAGUUGAGUUUCAUCCUGCAACCGGAUAUACAUGGAAAGGUGGAGAUUCUCAUACGGGAACAUCAAGCAAUAAAAAAUCUCGAAUAGCCCAACAAGAUCCUGCUGAAUUAUUAGAGUUUCGUAAUGGAGUAGAACGUGCAUUUACAUCUACUACAAUUAAAAUGACUCAACAAUUGAAUCAAGUUUUUGCACAGUCCCAAGAGAAAAUGAAAGAGCUGACGACUGGAAAUCAAAAUGAUAUGAUUAUCUCUGAAGUACAAGCACCGGAUCAACCACCCGCACAACCUUCAAGUCCCAAUCAACCAAACGCGGAUAAUAUUACUAAAAGACGUAAAAAGAGUGAAGAUAUUGGAAAAAAGAAAAAGAAGA